CUGGGACGAAUGAAGUUGGACGACAUGGACGUGGUGGUGAUGGUUCAGGAGGCGGCAUCCAGCAGAGCUUCCUCUGCCAAAGAGUACGCCACUACGCUCAAUGAAGAUGGCCUGUCCAGUUCGACGUAACAUCGAGGCCAAGAUUGGAGCGGAGUACUUCGUGCGCUGUACGAAUACGCGACCACAGCCAACGAUACUCAAGCGACUGUCCACCGGCAUAACGAAAGCACUCAAUUGCAUGAAGGCUACCAUUUCCAUCGAUGGUCAAGCUGCUACUACGUCUCGCCUUGUUACUGUUGGGUCGGUGAAACACUUGCGACUGCGCAGUGGUCGUGGCACCGUUGAGCAGAACUUUGUGUUUUGUGCACCCCACGUGACCGACGACGGAAUUUCGUGUUCGUCCAAAUUGAAGGAUGUAGGCAGGUUCGUCGAUUGAAUGUAUAUCUACAUUACCUCGUCGAUAUCCAAGGCCAAGCAAGACGAUGUGGUCAUUGCUGAUCAUCCGUACUCGACACCAGCCAUUGGCACCGACACGAAGGAAGGCGUGUUCUUGACAUCGACAACAGGAGUCAGCCCGCGUCACAUGCCAACGAAGGUCUCGACGAACUUUUAUCACGGUCGACAGGGAAAAGUUCUACACACGUUUCGUUUCCUGUACAAGACGCGAGGUAGUAUACUGUACACGGUAGGUUCUAUUUUGAGUACCAAGGAUUGUCAUGUAGACGCGAUGGUGGCUGACGGCAUUUAACCACCACCAUCCCCACCAUCUUCGAUCCAACUACCCGCGACUCCACCACCCCUUCCGAGCGUUCCUGUCGCUGCUGAGCUUCCAAUUGUUCCAGUGGCUGCCGAGCCAGUACAUGUCAAGGCUGAAGGCAACCCAUCCGUUCUCAAACGUAUGAAGCUGGAGCAUCAAGGCCUUCCAAGGAACAACGUUGCGGUGGCCAAAAACAACUAAGUGGUGGAUCUGACAGGCGACGACAGUGCCGACGACAAGGCUGGGGGGAUGUCGGACUUGGGCACUCGAAAGGAAGCUUGCCGCCAAGUCAAGGCGUGGAAAAGUCAGCUGGGGGACCAGUACAUGGCUGCAGUAAACCUUUUGUCCCAGGGAAGGUAUGCCCAUUCGUAUUUAGCCGUGGACCCAACAGACCAAGAAGACUGGCUUCGCUGGUCAUUACAGCAAGGACUAGUGAAACGAGAACAAGCUAUGAAGGGAGAAUGAUGAUAGGGCACUUGUAACUAUGACUAUUAAUAGAUAUCAAAACGAUACCAGA